ACGCGAGUUAGCGCAGUAUGGCGUCCGAUGACAACGCAAGAACAAAACUUCCUUCCAGUCCGUCAUUGGUGGAAUCCGACAGACGGCUCGACCGUAGCGUAUUGAUUCACUUCUUUCUCAUAUUCUGCACAAGUUUCGUUGUUGGUCUUCUUGUCAUACACUCAUCAGCCAUCUACGCACAGUUUUUGAAUACGAGAAAUAAACAACAGGACUCCCACAUGACGUCCAGUGUGUCUGAUGAGAUCCAGCAAUUAUUACAAUACGACAGUCACGUGUCCGUCCCUCAUCACAGCGAUGCAAUCGGCAACAGAUCGAACACGACGACGACAAGCAACGAUACAAGACAGACAGUACGGCAGCAGAGCACAAAAUAAAACCAUAAGCACUUCUAAGUUAAUUAAAUUUAAUGUAAUUAAAUAUUAUUGAUAUUUAUUAGUUGCUUAACAUUACACUGGUUGCCGAGUU